UCAGUCCCGCCUGACAGGCGAGGCGGGAGCUGUGAGGCGGAGUUCUUCGCUGCCGCGGUUACUGCCUGAGGGGAGAUGCGGCGGCUGGCCGGAGCCGACCUCGGGCUCUGAGUCGCCGGGACCGCCGGGCAGGGCGCGGCCAAGUAAAAGCUCGGGAACAGACUCAUGAGCACCGGUUUCCCCGCGGCCGGGCGUGGCCGCCCUUCUCCUUCCCAGCGCCGGUAGCCGAACCGGCGGGCGGCAUGUCGUCGCCGACGUGGCUGAGCUGUCGGUUGGCGCUGCGUUUGAGCUCGGCCGGUUCCUCAGGGCGGGCGUCUCGCCUCGGCGGCUGCCGCUGCCUCUUGCUCCUCCGCCGGCGCCUCAGCGCCCUCCGACGCGCCCCUCGGCCCGAAGAAGACGGACUGUGGUUGCCGGCCGCGGCCUCCUGCUUGGGCUCCCCGCGGCCGCUGGGCACGCACCCCAAGAAGGAGCCGAUGGAGACGCUCAACACGGCGCAGGGGGCCCGCGACUUCAUCUACAGCCUCCACUCGACGGAGCGGAGCUGCCUGCUGAGGGAGUUGCACCGCUUCGAGUCCAUCGCCAUCGCGCAGGAGAAGCUGGAGGUUGCACCACCAUCCACUGGACAACUGAAACAUGUGUUCUUCCACAAUGCAGUACCUUUUGUAGGCUUUGGAUUUUUUGAUAACGCCAUUAUGAUUGCUGCGGGCACACAGAUAGAGUUAUCGAUAGGGAUUGUGUUUGGAAUUUCUACCAUGGCAGCUGCUGCCUUGGGAAAUCUUGUCUCAGACUUAGCUGGAUUGGGUCUUGCAGGCUACGUUGAAGCUAUGGCCUCCAGAUUGGGCCUUUCAAUUCCCGAUCUCACCCCCAAACAAGCUGAUAUGUGGCAAACACGUGUUAGUGCACACUUGGGUAAAGCUAUUGGAGUGACCAUUGGCUGCCUUUUAGGAAUGUUUCCAUUGUUCUUCCUUGGAGAUGAAGAAGACAAAAAACUGGAUGGAAAAAAAUAACCUUUUUACAAUGUUUAUCUAUACAUAUAUAAACUAAUGUACCUCAGAUAUACAACUAUGCUGUCCAAGUAUAUAGGAAUUUAGAGACAAUAACAAGCAGCAUGCUAUUUUACAGAAGCACUUAACUUAUUGUGGCUGUGUCUUAGUAACAUCUUUUUUAUAAGGGUUUUUUUCCUUUUUUUAAAUGUAAAUUGUUGACAUGCGAUUUCACUUAACACUGAUGGUUGACCUUUACCGUAUCUCCCUCUUCGUUGGUUUCCUUCACCUGGAUUGUUAACUUUAAUUACCUGUCAUUGAUGCGGUGUACACCUUUUGGGUUUGCAUUUUUCUUAGCCUUCGGAAACGCAUGGCACAAAUUGCCCCUGGAUACCCAUGAAAUUUUCCGCUCCAGAUUUUAGUGUAGUUAGCUGACAGCUGCCCUAGGAAAUACCAUGCUAUAACUUUCUUGCUUUUAUUUGUCUUGUGGCCAUAUUUGUACCCAGGUGCCUGAAGCAAAGACGGUUAGAACAAGUGUUGGCUUGUGAAAGGAAUGAUGGUGAGAUAUUUUGGCAAGGCCAAUGUACAGACCCAUUUUAUGGUCAGAGUUCCCCCCCCCUCUAGACAGAGUGUGUCACUAAAUUACCCAGAUGGCAGCUUAGAUCAAAGCGACCCCUACAAGUUGAUAUCGCCAGUAAUAGAUCGCAUGCAAUGCAGCAAAUUUGGAAAGUGUCUAAAGCCUCUUGCCUCUGCAAGAUGCUUUAGAAGUAUCGGCCAUCUUCAUUCUCGGAUUUCCAGUACCGAAUAUUCUCACCGAAUUAUUUGUGUGCAUGUUUGUUUUGCCAUAGUAUACUUGAAAACCGGGCUUAGUCUCCACUCGACCCAUGAACUUUCCAUCUAGUUUGCCUUUCUAAACAAGAAACAAACAUAAUAUUAAUCGGGCCAAACUCUAUUCCUGAUCUGAAGGCAUUCUGAAACGGGAUAAAGAAGUUGGAUGCAGAAGAGAAUUGAGCCGGUAUGAUGCCAAACAGAAGAGGGGGGGGUGAAGGGGAGCAGUUGGCAAAGAUGAGAGCAAAGGAGAGUUUAGAAGGAAAAUACAGCAAAAUAUUAAGCCUUGACAUAUAUGGCUGUCUCUCCCCCCCCUCCCCCCCAAAUGCGCUGAUUCUACCGUAAAACAAAUUUCUGCCACUGUUGCAUGUUUUUUCUGCUUUAGGAAUUCAGGAGUAAUGAUAUUUGUGUCCUUGUCUGUGAAUGUCAGUGGGGGAGAAUGGUAAUCAGGUGGUCUAAAAUUGAUCCUGUCUGGACGAGUGAUUAGUCUGUGCAGAAUUUAAUUUGCAGAAAUAAAACUUGUUUACUUUUCAUUUACUAGGGUUUCUUUUCAUUUUGCCUUGUGCUUGCAGUUAAGUGUGCAGUAUUCAAACGAACUGAAACUUCUUAAAGAGCAUUAUGUUUUCUUGAUUAUGUGGUGGGUAUAUUCUAAAGCAUUUUGUUUUUGUUAAAUAAAGAGGACCAUUUGUUCA